UGGAAAUGUCAUUCUAAUUAGACAAGGUGUAGUGGACAAGUCAUUCCAAGUUCUCAACUUCCAUUAUAUAUACCAGUUUGUUGGUUUUCUUGCAAUUCAGAAGAAAAGCUAAAUGGGGAAGACUCAAAGAUAUCGUGGAGUGAGACAACGCCAUUGGGGCUCUUGGGUCUCUGAGAUUCGCCAUCCAGUCUUGAAGAAGAGGGUGUGGCUUGGAACAUAUGAGACUGCUGAGGAAGCAGCUCGUGCAUAUGAUGAAGCUGCUGCAAUUGUGCGUGGUCAUGGUGGCAAUUUAAAUCUUCCAUUUAAUAGCAAGGCCAAUUAUAAGUCAGAGCAUAAGAGAGUUUUGACCACAGCAAUGAUUACUAAGCUCCACCAUCUUAAUGUAGCCUCCAUGAAUAAGAUGUUUCUGCAAUAUGCUGGUAAGAAAAGAGAUUCCAUCUUCUCUUCUUCUUCCCUGGUCUGCUUAAAGUUGGACAAUGAGAAAUCCAAUCAAUUGGGGAUCUGGCAAAACAAAGUGGGUAGUGGGGGAGGAGGAGAUGAUUCAAAAUGGGUCAUGAAAGUCAAGAUUCCUGCAGUGAAAGUGGAUGAUGAAAGAGAAGAAGAUAUUGCUUCUGAGAUGAUAGAGGAGCUUCUUCAACCCUGCAAUACUCUUCAACUCUGUGUUGUUACCUAAAUUAUCAUGUAAUUAGUUAUUAGUUAAAGAUGGGUAUUAUAUUAAAAGUAUAGAUAUACUCUAUAACCAAUAAGGAUCUGCCUCAUUGGCUCAAAUUUACUGUUAUUGUAAGGGAUGGUGUACAUGUACCCCAAGGUCUCUUCCUAAUGAAUCCUGACCAGUAAGUUAUCUCAUAUUUUAUCAAUAAUUUCUGUCUAUAAAGAUUAGCUCUUUUGAAUAAUUCAUGGUCCAGGCAAUUGCACGUCACAAGCCAUUAUUGUACUCACAUUACCUUCUCUCUAUCUUGUUGAAUGAGUCUAAUGGGAAAGAUUUUUCUUCUUUCAUAAUUCACAAUUCUUGUCAGAAAUGAAUAAAGACUAUAUUCAGUA